GAAGAGAAUUAAACCAUGCGUGAAUGUAUCUCAAUUCAUGUGGGCCAAGCUGGGGCUCAGAUCGGCAAUGCAUGUUGGGAGCUGUAUUGCUUGGAACAUGGGAUCCAGCCAGAUGGACAGAUGCCCUCUGACAAAACCAGUGGAGGAGGAGAUGAUUCCUUCAACACCUUUUUCAGUGAUACAGGGGCAGGAAAGCACGUUCCUAGAGCGAUUUUUGUCGACCUGGAACCCACUGUCAUCGAUGAGGUGCGUUCUGGAACCUACCGCCAGCUGUUCCACCCUGAGCAGCUGAUCACAGGAAAAGAGGAUGCUGCCAAUAACUAUGCUCGAGGGCAUUACACCAUCGGCAAGGAGGUCAUUGAUCUGGUUCUGGACCGGACUCGUAAACUGCGUGAGUGUAUUUCUAUGCAUGUCGGCCAAGCCGGAGCCCAGAUGGGCAAUGCAUGUUGGGAGCUGUAUUGCCUUGAACAUGGGAUCCAGCCUGAUGGACAGAUGCCCUCUGACAAGACUAUUGGUGGAGGAGAUGACUCCUUCAACACCUUUUUCAGUGAAACAGGAGCAGGAAAGCACGUUCCUAGAGCGAUCUUUGUCGACCUGGAACCCACUGUCAUCGAUGAGGUGCGUACAGGAACCUACCGCCAGCUGUUCCACCCUGAGCAGCUGAUUACAGGAAAAGAGGACGCUGCCAACAACUAUGCUCGUGGACAUUACACCAUCGGAAAGGAGAUCAUUGACCUAGUUCUGGACCGGACUCGUAAACUGGCUGAUCAGUGCACUGGUCUGCAGGGAUUUCUAAUCUUCCACAGCUUUGGAGGAGGCACUGGCUCAGGUUUCACCUCCCUGCUGAUGGAGAGACUUUCUGUUGAUUAUGGCAAGAAAUCAAAACUUGAGUUUGCCGUCUACCCAGCCCCCCAGUUUGACCUCAUGUACGCCAAGAGGGCCUUUGUCCACUGGUAUGUUGGGGAGGGAAUGGAAGAGGGGGAGUUCUCAGAGGCCAGAGAAGACAUGGCUGCCCUGGAGAAGGAUUAUGAAGAAGUUGGCACUGACAGCUUGGGAGAUGAGGAUGAAGAAGGAGAGGAAUACUAA